CUCACUGAAAAAAAACUCUUUCCCCUAGAUUCUCCUGUUGAAUGAAAGAAUAUGUUUAUCAGUGUUAAAAAGUUUUUCCAACACCUACCUCACUCCACCGCCAAUUAAACACUUUGUGACACCAUAAAGAUUGCAUUUUGUUUUGCAUACUAUACAAACACAGCUUUCAUUUAAUUGCGUGUGAAAAAGAAAGAUGUCUUAACUUCGUUUAGAGAUCAUCUCUCAACAAUAGAAUUCCGGUACAAAAAUCACCGUCUUUUUCUACUCGUUAAUACAAAACACGACUUGAUUGUAACUGUUUUGCCCUGUUAUGUGAAUUUUAGGCAAUAAAGCACACCUCUUUCAAGGCGUAGAAAACACAAUAUACAAUAUUUAACUAUAUACAAGUAUUUUCUUUUGUUCUUUUUUUUUUGAGAAUUUCUUUUGUUCUUAAUUGAUGCAUAGCAUAUGGCCAUUCCUCGAAACAAUGCAGAUUAUUCAACUAUUUUCACCUCUAGCUAUAUGUAUUAAGUGGAAUGGAUCUCAUUAACUUGUCUUACUGUAUUAUUAUUAUUAUUAUUGGUUUUUUUAAUCAUCUCAGACUCAGAGUCUCUAUGCAGCUCUGCCAAUCUCAAAAAUCCAUACUUUCGAGGACCCCUUAUUCUCUGUUUCUCUGCCUCUCUGCUCACUCACUCAAACCUAGUCCCACCACUCUGUCUCUGUUCGAUCUAAGCAUCCAAUUCAAUUCCAGGGUGGCCAUGAAAGCUACUCUUGCUUUCCUUACCCUCCAGAUUUUUUUCCCCUUCAACAAUUUUUUGCCUCCACUUCCCAGAUUACUCCUGAUUGAAUGUUGCAGCUUGGUGCCUUCAAAUCUGUGAUACAGAAACAGAGCAUCUGGUAAUUUUUUUUUUUUUUUUUUUAAGUAUAUCUAUAGGCUAAAAUGAGGUCAUCAGUAGAAGACAAAGGAUGUUUGAACAAUAAUGGAAGAGGAGCAAUUGCAGCACAAGAAACUAAUUUUGAGUUUCACAAGGGUAGUACAGCAAAGAAUAUUGCUUCUUCUCAUCACCACCACCACCAUCAUCAUCAUCGUCAAAUGAGUUUAGGAAAACCAACGCCAUUGAAAUGGGACGAUGCACAGAAAUGGCUUGGAAACCAUCUGUCCAGAAAUGGUCACCAGAAAAAUCACUCAUCAACAAAGCCCAGAAACUCAAAUGCAGAUGACAGGAGAUUGAUAAACAAUCCAGUUCCCAAGGAGGAAGAAUAUAAUACUGAAGAUGAGGAUGAAGAUGAAGACGAAUCAGGAGGAGGAAGACAUGAUAUUGACAAUGACGACGACCUUGUGAUUCCGUACGAAGGGGAAUUAACCAAGAAAAUGGAUGAAUCGAUUUGGAGAAUCAAUAAAAAAACCAGUGCCGGAUCUUCUUCUUCCGGCGCCGUUGCUGCUGCUCCGGUUGUUAGAUCGAUUUGUGUGAGGGAUAUGGGGACGGAAAUGACCCCUGUUGGUAGCCAGGAGCCUUCAAGAACAGCUACUCCGGUUAAAUCUACAACUCCGGCGACCAGGAGUCCGAUAGCUUCGGGAUCUUCGACGCCGGCGAGAUACCAAAAUGGGAUUAUCCAUAUCGUGGAAACCGAUGAUGAUCGGAGCAAUAGGGCCGGAAAUGGAGGAGGAACGGCCACAACAACGACGGCGACGACGAGUAGAUUUGGGAGAGAAGGGGAGGAAGUUAAUGAAUCGAGGAGUAGUCUAGAUGCAGCUGCAAAGAAGCCAAAUCCUCUGGAAACAAGAGCAAUGGCUUGGGAUGAAGCAGAAAGAGCUAAAUACUUAGCAAGGUACAAGCGAGAAGAGAUGAAGAUUCAAGCUUGGGAAAAUCAUCAGAAAAGGAAAGCUGAAAUGUCAAUGCGAAGAAUGGAGGUAAACAACAAAUUAUAAUUAGUAUACUAUAAUUUUCACUCCAUUCUAAAUCCAAUCUCCCAUAACUGAUUUUCCGUCAUUACUAGUAGUUAAAUUGACCAUUUGUUAAGAUUAGGCUUACAGUAUAUUAGUCUCCUCCUCGCAUCAUCAAGUUGGAUGGGAAAAAGGCAAAUCUUUAAAUGUGACAUAAUUAUGUUACAGGACACAGAAAAUAUGCAAAUUAAAGUGGUGCUUAUUGAAUUAGUUCCACAAAGAAAACUCGUUUUAUGAUAAGGUCGGGAUGAGUGUUACACAAUAAUUAAACAGUACUCUUUGACAACCCAAAAUAUCACAUGGUUCGGCAUUCAUUUGGAGGUAGAUUUUCUUUUUCCGGCAUAGACGAGUAAGAAUAGGGGUGGUUUUUCUGUGGUUCCAUCUCUCAGGUGAAGGCGGAACAGAUGAAAUCACGAGCACAGGAGAAAUACGCGAACAAACUGGCGGCGACCAAGAGGAUAGCAGAGGAGAAGCGUGCAAAUGCGGAAUCAAAACUGAACGAGAAAGCAAUGAAGACUUCGGAAAAGGCAGAUUACAUCAGAAGAACCGGCCACAUGCCUUCAUCUUUCUCUCUCAAGUUGCCUUCCUUCUGCUGGUAGUAUAUAGGAGUAUAACUUGUAUCUUUUCUCUUUUUUUCUCACAAUUUCCUGCCCUUUUUUUUGGCAUUAUUAUUAUGUAAGUUAUUACCAGUUCAUGCCUAAUUGGUCACUUAAUGAAAAUCCAGAGAGGUUGAAUGAACGUCAUCAUCUUCAGAUAGUACACCAACAAAAAAAUAAAAUAAAAUCAUUCUUUCGGA